AUGGGGAAUGGAUCAGUAAAACACAAGCACCUGAGAUGGCCAGACAGAGACAUAGAAAACCUCUCUGUGGGCCGCGCUGGCAGCUGUAAGUUUUUGAAGGACCCAGGUCUAAGCAUCAAUGUGACUGGGCAAGCUGAUGUUCUUUGCAGCAGGGUGCUUGAACUGGAAAAGGAGCUGAAGAGAAAAGAUCAAGAGUUGCAAGAGGGUCAAAAUCACCUUGCGGAGCUUCAGGAACAGCUGGUUGUGCAGACUAAGGUCAUCGCAGAACUCACCAAGGAACUUCAGAGCAAGUGCAUACAGUUGAACAAGCUGCAGGAUGUUGUUAGCACUCAGGGAGAGCACUCUCUGCUGCCUUCUCCAUUUGAAGUGGCUUCAAGGAUGCAAGUCUCUGCCGACAGGAGGAGAGGAGCCAAGGAAGGUGUGUCUGCAGAGCCGACAACACGGCUGUACGAUUUGAACAGGCAAGCUGCGUUUUCCUUUGAAAAAGCGAGAGUCCGAAAGGAUUCCAGUGAGAAGAAGCUUAUCACAGAUGCCCUGAAUAAAAAUCAAUUCUUGAAGAGACUGGAGCCUCACCAGAUUCGAGAUAUGGUGGAAUGUAUGUACGAAAGGACUUUCCAGCAAGGGAGCUAUGUCAUCAGGCAGGGAGAGCCGGGCAAUCACAUUUUUGUGCUCAAAGAGGGCAGUCUGGAAGUUUUUCAGCAGAAUAAACUGCUUUCCUCGAUAACUGUGUGGACGACGUUUGGUGAACUUGCCAUUUUGUACAACUGCACGCGCACAGCCUCUGUGAAAGCAAUCACCAAUGUUAAAACAUGGGCAUUGGACAGAGAAGUGUUUCAAAAUGUCAUGAGAGCGACAGCACAAACAAGACAAGAGCAAUACAGAAAAUUCCUCAGAAGCGUGUCCCUGCUGAAAAACUUACCUGAAGAUAAACUAACCAAGAUCAUGGACUGCCUGGAGGUGGAAUACUAUGACAAGGGAGAUUAUGUUAUUCGGGAAGGAGAAGAAGGAAAUACCUUCUUUAUAAUAGCGAAAGGAAAGGUGAUAGUUACCCAGAGUACUGCAGAUCACUCGCAGCCUCAGCUGAUUAAAAACCUGCAUAAAGGAGAUUACUUUGGAGAAAAGGCGCUCAUUAGUGACGAUGUCCGAUCAGCAAACGUUAUUGCAGAUGAACACAAUGUGGAGUGCCUCGUUAUAGACAGAGAGACAUUUAAUCAAACUGUUGGAACUUAUGAGGAGCUCCAAACCUACCUUGAAGGCUAUGUGGCUAACCUGGCCCGGGCUGAUGAAAAGCGGCAUGCAAAAGGAAGAUCCUUCUGUGGACAGUCACUCAGAGAGGUGUCUUUGGAGAUGAUAGAGCUGCAGGAGAAAGUAGCCCAGUUCCCUCCUUCCCCGUUCCAGAAUUUAGAAGUUGUCACAACUCUGGGUGUUGGUGGGUUCGGAAGGGUCGAGCUCGUUAAAGUGAAAAAUGAGAACGUGGCUUUUGCGAUGAAGUGUAUAAAGAAAAAGCACGUAGUGGACACCAAACAACAGGAGCAUAUCUAUUCUGAGAAGAAGAUCCUCGAGCAGAUAUGUUCUCCGUUUAUUGUAAAACUAUAUCGCACGUUUAAGGAUAGUAAGUAUGUAUACAUGCUGCUGGAGGCUUGCCUUGGAGGGGAAUUGUGGAGCUUGCUGAGAGACAGAGGCAGCUUUGAUGAAGCCACCACCAAGUUCUGUGUUGGGUGUGUGACAGAGGCUUUUGACUAUCUACAUCCCAUAGGAAUUAUCUACAGAGACCUGAAGCCAGAAAAUUUAAUUUUGGAUGCUGAAGGAUAUAUAAAACUGGUUGAUUUUGGAUUUGCAAAGAAGAUUGGAUCAGGUCAGAAGACCUGGACGUUUUGUGGAACCCCCGAGUAUGUUGCCCCUGAAGUAAUUCUGAGUAAGGGCCAUGACUUCAGUGUGGAUUUUUGGUCUCUUGGGAUUCUUGUGUAUGAACUCCUUACUGGCAGUCCGCCAUUCUCUGGGGCUGAUCAAAUGACGAUAUACAAUUUGAUUCUCAAAGGCAUUGAAAGGCUCGAUUUUCCUAAAAUAAUAACCAGACAGCCUGAGGAUUUGAUCCGCAGACUCUGCAGGCAAAACCCUACAGAAAGAUUAGGCAAUCUGAGGAAUGGAAUUAAUGACAUCAAGAAACACAGGUGGUUGAGUGGUUUUAACUGGGAUGGUCUGAGAGUGAAGAAAUUACCAUCACCUUUGAAAAGAGAGUUGUCUGGACCGACUGACUACCACUACUUUGACAGCUAUCCACCUGAAGAGGGAACCCCUCCAGAUGAACUUUCAGGCUGGGACAAGGAUUUCUGAUGUUUUUUUCUUCGACGACAUUUAUAGAGACUCAUAGGCAUAAGUUCUAAACCUUCUCUCUUGUUUCUUGCUUAAAAUCACAUUCUGCAAGGUUUGUGACAAACACAAUGUUCCUUGAAGGACAGACGGCAGUACGACAACCAGAGCUUGUUUGGACAAUGCAACAAAAUCUGUGCGCAUCUCUUCAUAACAAGGGCAGGUGCA